CCCACUGCCUGUUGCUGGGUUACCGCGUCCCGGCACGAGGAGAGGCCCGGAGCAGGGCGGGAGGCUGCGUGUCUGUCAGAGCUGUCACCACUGCCUGUCAUGAGUCCGGUCCAGGAGCCAACCCCUGAGCUGCUCGCAGACCCCUAUGAGAGCUUCAUGCAUCACCAUCUGCAGUACUACGGCUACUUCAGAGAUGAGGAGAAAACUGCUGAAAGCAGCUCCCUUGCGUCACGAGAGCGCAGGCCAAAGAGCUCAUACUCUCUGCUGGAGCAGGAGAGCGGAGGAUCAGACCGCAAUUCUCUUCAGGAUAACAGGAAGAAGCUGAUCUGUUCUCUCAUGCUGGAGGCUGCACUUCUCAAGAGCAAACAGCUUCUGUUCAAUCACCUUGAGGGCCCCGGGGUCCCAUGCCUGCGGGAGCCUCGGGGUCUCUUUGCUGUGCCCACCUCGAGAGGCCCCCUGCAGGCACCACGCUGGCCAGUGGAGUGCGAAGUCAUCAAGGAGCAAAUCCAACACAUCGAGUGGGUGCCGUCUGAACCGGAGCCAUUCUAUCAGUCCACAGGAAAUGAGACAGCCCCACUAAUUGUGGGGAAGGAGAAAGGAACCGUGGUCUAUCACAUAAAGCCAGUGGCCAAAGGCUCCUAUUUUACCUGCUCCCGCGUUGGAGGGCGCCGAGGGCCCAUCACGUCACCCGCCAUCAGCUUGGAAGGUCCAGAGGACACCACCCUGCUCUUUGAAUCCAGAUUCGAGAGCGGGAACCUCCAGAAGGCCGUCCGAGUAGGCCCGUACGAGUACGAGUUGACGCUGCGCAUGGACCUGUACACCAACAAGCACACCCAGUGGUUCUACUUCCAAGUCAGGAACACCAGGAAAGGCAUCACCUAUCGCUUCUCCAUUGUCAACCUGAUGAAGCCCAAGAGCCUUUACAGCAUGGGGAUGAAGCCACUCCUGUACUCUCAGAGGGAUGCGCAGACACAUGGCGUGGGCUGGCGGAGAGAGGGGGGCAACAUCCGGUACUAUCGGUGCAGCUCCGAGGAGGGACAGGCGAUGUAUUGUCUCACGUGGACGGCAUGCUUCCCCCAUGACCAUGACACAUGCUACUUUGCCCACUUUUACCCCUACACCUUCUCGGACCUGCAGCGCUACCUGCUGGCAGUGGUCAGCGACCCGGUCCGCUCCCAGUACUGCAAGCUGCGGGUCCUGUGCAGCAGUCUGGCUGGCAACACCGUCUACCUUCUCACCAUCACCAGCCCAUCCCAAAACCCCGCUGCCACUGCUGCCAAGAAGGCCGUGGUGCUGAGCGCCAGGGUGCACCCUGGGGAGACCAACGGCUCAUGGGUGAUGAGGGGUUUCCUGGACUUCAUCCUGAGCGACUCCCCCGACGCCCAGCUCCUCCGUGAGCUCUUCAUAUUUAAGGUGGUGCCCAUGCUCAAUCCAGAUGGGGUGAUUGUGGGGAACUAUCGCUGCUCUCUGGCCGGGAGAGAUCUCAACCGCAACUAUCAGACCAUCCUGAAGGAGUCCUUCCCCUGCAUCUGGCACACCCGGAGCAUGAUCCAGAGAGUCCUGGAGGAGCGGGAGGUUCUGCUGUACUGUGACUUCCAUGGGCACAGCCGCAAGAACAAUGUCUUCAUGUACGGCUGCAACAACAAGAGCGCUCCUUCCCAGUGGCUCCAUGAGCGCAUCUUCCCACUCAUGCUCAGCAAGAACGCCCCUGACAAGUUUUCUUUCCACAGCUGUAAGUUUAAGGUCCAGAAGAGUAAAGAAGGGACGGGACGGAUUGUGAUGUGGAGGAUGGGAAUCCCCAACAGCUACACCAUGGAGUCCACCUUCAGCGGCUCAACUCUGGGCAGGAAGAGCGACUCCCACUUCACCUCAGAGGAUCUCAAAUCUCUGGGCUAUCACAUUUGCGACACGCUGCUAGAUUUCUGUGACCCCGACCGCACCAAGUUCCUGCAGUGUCUGUCCGAGCUCCAGGAGCUGCUUCAGCAUCAAAUCCAUCAAAAGCUCAAGGAUCUGGGCCGUGGGCAGGACUCAGACGGUGCCUGGAGCGACAUCUCCCUGUCAGACAUUGAGUCCAGCACCAGCGGCUCCAACAGCUCGCAGUCCGACGGCCUACCUGCUCAUUUACUCAGCAUGGCAGAGAAGUUCCAUCAGAAGAAGAAGAAGCGGCUGCGGACGAGGAAGGAGAGGAACGAGCUGCAUCAGAAGUACGCCUUGAGCCAAGGGCUGACGUGCCAAGACAAGACCUUGGUGGCUGGGGAGAGAAGGUUGGGGAGCCCCACCUGCCGGACCCACCAGCCUGUCAGUGCGGUGAAGGACAGCUCUGGCAAACAGGGCAGGACUCCAGAAGCUGGCCUCAUUUCAGAUCUGCAGAGGAGAAAACCUAAUGCCCGCCAGGAGAAGCUACCAGUUUGUCUGCUCCCAGAAGAGCGUCUAUGGGAGAGUAAGCUGUGUCACCAGCACAGCCCUGGGCCUGAGCGCUUAUGGAAGGCCCGGCAGCCCCAGCCCCUGCUUAUCACCAUGCUGACCCUGCCGCAGCCCCAGAGACCCGCCGGCGUGUCACCCACCAGAGAGCACCCCCCGCCCUUCCAUGCCCAGCUGGACGGAGAGCCACACGGCAGCCAGCAUGCAGGCCGCUCAACGUUGGCGCACUCUGCAUCCACGGUUGGAGCCAGCCCAAGCAGGUCUGUGUGGUGGGGCCCCGAGCAGCCCACUGUGACUCUACUGCUGAGCAGAAACCUCUUCCGGAGACCCCAGGUCCCUGGCCAGAGCGUGCCCGUUGGAUCCCCCAAGCUGAAGCAGAGCCAAUCGCAGCACCUUCUGCCUCCCAGACGAGUCACAUGGAGCCUGCUGGAGCUCCAGCCCCCCUGCAUGGAGCCAGAGAGACGCAAGAGCCCCUCCUGGCCCCAGUAAGGGGCUGCAGGGCUGGGCCUCUCCCUGCCAGAGCCCCCUCCUGCCUGCAUUGGCAGGCUAAUUAAAGGGCUUUGGAACAGUCAUCCGGGCUCCCUCCCUGAAAGGGGCUGUGAAGAUCAGCGUGGGGCAGGACCCCUCUGAUGACUGUCUCUGAGAGCUGCCGGCGGUGGGCAGAGGAGCCCCACAGGCUGCUCAGGGCUCCAGUGGGGGCCUGGCUGUUCAGAGUGCAGGCUGACUGCGCCAUGAGCGUUGCACCGUGGCCUUUCCUUGUGUUGGCACAGAACCCCGGCCGGCCGGCGUGCGGCAGGUACCACGCACACACGGCUGUUAACAGCCCACAGGCUGGGAGAGCAGCUGUCAGCCCACAGCCCCAGCGCCGACUGGCUGUGUUUGUCUCUCGCUGCACUGUCCCCGUCUUCUGCAGGGUGUUGGCUCCAUCUGGCCCAGCCCAUCAGCACUAUGGCCUUGCGCCUGCCCUUCCCUGUUCUGCCCGUAUCCUGGGUCCACCAGGGCCAGGCUUCCGAAGCACAGUUCUCCCUCUCCGCUCCCGGGGGGCACGUGGCAUGGUGCCAUCGGGCCGUCCUGAUUGUUAAAAUAUCUACUAUGCUUUCUCAAAGCAAUGAUGCAGCCAGGGGCAGCCUGGGUCAAAGAGAAAACCACCCCGAAGAAACCGGGCGCGGAGUGUUAUUUCAGCAGGGCCAGGGCAUGCCUGGUUGCCAGCAGUAACCUGGUCAGAUACCUUCAUUAAAGAGUCCGGAGGUCA